AUGGGUGUUGGUAUGGGUAUUGGUAUGGGUAUUAGUGUGGGUAUUGGUAUGGGUUUUGGUAUGGGUAUUGGUAUGGGUAUUGGUGUGGGUAUUGGUAUGGGUAUUGGUAUGAGUAUCAGUGUGGGUAUUGGUAUGGGUAUUAGUGUGGGUAUUAGUGUGGGUAUUGGUAGUGUCACGGCAACACAGUUCCUUUCCACAUCGAUGACUUUGGACAUAAUGCUAUGUUCUGCAGGUGACAAGUGUGGCGACGGCGGUGCAGAUUGCGUCAGGCACAGCUCGGUCCACUGCUUUGCCCUCAAGUACAAGUGUUCCGGUUAA